AAGAGCUACGAGUGCGGGGAAUGCGGCAAGAGCUUCAGCUGCAGCUCCCACUUCAGCAAGCACCGGCGCACCCACACCGGCGAGAAACCCUUCCUCUGCCUCCACUGCGGCAAGAGCUUCAACGUCAGCUCCAACCUCUACCGGCACCAACGGGCUCACGCUGCCGAACGGCAAGGUCCGCCGGCUCCGCCGGCGCGGCCCCGCGGCUUGCCGUAUAAAUGCGAGGAGUGCGGCAAGAGUUUUCGGCGUAACAAGGAGCUGGUGACCCACCAACGGUUGCACACCGGUCGCUUGCCCUUCCAGUGCGGCCACUGCGGUAAGAGCUUCAGUUGGAGCUCCCAUUUCGACCGGCACCAACGUGUCCAUACCGGUGAGAAGCCCUACCGUGGCCCCGAAUGCGGUAAGCGUUUUAGCCGUAGCUCCCACCUCUACCGGCACCAACGCACCCACGCCGGCGGUCGCUCUUACAUCUGCACCUAUUGCGGGCGUAGUUUUGGUAGCACCCUCCAUUUUGACCGGCACCAACGCACCCACACCGGCCAACGACCCUACAAGUGCACCCUGUGCCGGAAAAGUUUUGGCGAUGGGCCGGCGUUGGUCAAACACCAACGCCUUCAUCUAGGUGAUGGUCCUUUCCGGUGCGAAGAGUGCGGUAAAGCCUUUGAGUGCGGUAAAGCCUUUGCCGCCCGCGCCCAAUACGUCCGGCAUCGGCGUAGCCUCCACGGCGGCGGUGAGAAACCGUACCGUUGCGGUGAUUGCGGGAAGAGUUUUUCCUGGAGCUCCCAUUGGGAACGACACCAACGCAUCCAUACCGGCGAACGACCCUACCAAUGCGGGGACUGCGGCAAACGUUUCGGCCGGACCUCCCACCUCUACCGGCAUCAACGUACCCACGCCGGCGGGCAACCCCACAUCUGCGCCGACUGCGGGAAGAGCUUCAACAGCACCCUACACUUCCAUAAGCACCAACGGGCUCACGCCGGUCCCCGGCAUGCCUGUCCCGAUUGCGGCAAGGCGUUUGCCGAUGGUUCGGCGUUGGCUAAGCACCGACGGGCGCACACC